AUGGCCGAAAUUACAUCCAUCGAGCGGGACCGCCUCUACACCGACCGGCUCUAUCGCUUCCAGUACAUUUCCAAAUUCGCCGAGUUUGGCGAAAAGGACAUUGCGGCCAUCAAGGCCUCGGCCCCUCUCGUCGCCCCGCUGGUUCCCACUAUCGUGGACAGGGUCUAUGAGAAGCUCUUUUCCUUCGAUAUCACCAAGGCGUACUUUACCCAGAAAGGAGACGGCUUUGGCGGCCAGGUGACCGUGGAUAUCAAGACUCUGUCGCUCCAGGACGAGCAGAUUGUCUUCCGAAAGGACUUUCUGAAGAGAUACCUUGUCAAACUCGUCACCGCCGAGUACGAUGCCAAGUUUGUCAACUACCUCGACUGGGUGGGCCGAAUUCACACAAGCAACCCUCUCAAGAAGAGCAAGAUCAAUGUCGAGUAUGUCCAUGUUGGAGCCCUUUUCGCUUGGCUCCACGGCUUUCUUGCCGAGACGCUCGACAGCCACCCGGACCUGCAGGCAGAUCCCGUCACCCGCUCCAAGACCAUUGCUGCCUUUUCGAAGCUGCUCUGGAUCCAGAACGACUUCUUCGCCAAGUACUAUGUCCAUGAGGGAGAGGACUUGCUGGCCACCUGCGCGGAGGCCAAGGGAAAGGCUGAAUAG